CACUAUAUGCCCGUAUCACUCGGCGUCGAUUCUUCACACUCAUUAACCCGAAGUCCCAUCUUUCCCCUAUUUAGUCUCUACGCUUUCUCUUUUGGGUGGUACCCAAUUUUGGGUAGCGUUGGGAUUCCCUGAUUUCUGCAACCCGAUUUGAUAAGUCAAUCGACCUGCAGUGAAACAAGCAAGCAAGUGAGCGAGUAGUGGCAGAGACGAGGUAAGGAACGCGCAAUGGAGUAUGGAUCAAAAGCUCGGAUUGGCUAUGUUGCAGUUUUGCUGUGCAUCUUUCUCUCCUUUUUCACUUACUCGGCGAUGGCGCAGUGUAGUUUAGAGGAAAGCCGUGCUUUGCUCAAGUUCAAAUCCGUGGUUCUCGAUCCCAGAGAUGACCUCGGGGAUUGGGGGCCAGAGAGUGGAAACUGCUGCGGCUGGAGAGGGGUUCUGUGCAGUAGAUCAGGAGUCGGCGGCAUAGAUCUGGACCUCGACGUACCUAUUCGUGGUCGUACUGUCACCAUCGACCCAAACAACCCUCAGGCCUUGGUGAUUGCCUACGAGGCGCUCUCGAAGCUCUCUCAGCUCGUCAUCUUUCGCACGAACUGGGUUUCCUGGAGAGGCCCCCUCCCUCUCCGCGAGCUGUCCAAGCUCCCGCUGCGCGAAAUCGUCAUCCGCAACGGUGAUAUCGGCAACCAAGGCAGAUUCGGAGGCUCUCUCCAGAAUGACAUUAGCAACUUCGCCGGCACUCUGGAGAUUCUCGUCAUCCAAGGCUCCUCGUACAACACCGGUCUACCUUCGGCACUCUGCAAGCUCAAAAACCUCAAAGAAUUGGAGGUUUCACAGAGUUGGAUCCCCAACCUCGGUCCAGCGUGCCUGGGAUCGCUCACUUCCCUCGAGAAGGUGCGCAUGCAAAUGAACCGCAAGGCUACUGGAGGACUGCCUACCUGGCCCACGAGGUUGCCGAACCUCAAAGUCCUCGAUUUCUCAAACAACGCGCACUCUGGCAGCAUUCCUGCUCAGUAUGGGAGGCUGGCCAAUGUGCAACUUUCUCUGGCAGGGAAUCGUCUCUCCAGCCGCAUUCCUCCAGCAUUGAGCGGCAAGCCUGAGUCCACCUUCCGCCCUGGCAAUGAGGGUCUGUGCGGGGCUCCUCUUCAAGCAUGUCCUGCGUAGCCUGCUGCUGCUCAGUUGAUCAACAACCCCUUGUUGCAAUCAAGGAGUGUUGGCUACACCAUUGCAUAAAAUGCACCACACAGAAUCCCAUUGCAGAAAAACUGGACGAAUUCGAUCGAAAUCAAUCUGCAGGCGAUACCAUCAACAAACACAAAAAUACGAGAUUUAGCCACUACAUUGUGUGUGUGUGUGUGCGCAUUGUAUUCAUCUCUGGUUAGCAUUUUUAUUGCAAAACUAAUCCUGUAGAUUAUUAGUGAAGUUGUUAAUGCUUCUUCGUCUAAAAAAUCUGCCUCUCUGCUUCGAUCCCUGCUUCGUGUGGAAAUCAACCAGGAACAUCGUCGAUGAAAUGAAGUGUAUGUUUCUCCUUUGUUGUUCACUCCUUCCCGUUCAUGGCCACAUUCAUUCGAUUAAACAAACACUGUAAAUCCUCUCUGGGCUUUUAAUUUCUGAUGUAACUGAUUCCCUCUGAUCCACUUUGCCGAUUCACAGGUUAGAGAAUAAAGUUUAAAGAGUUUUAUUGUUAUAUAUA